AUGAACGCCCACUGCGACACCGUGGAGGAGUUCCAGUGCAACAACGGCUUCAGCGACCUCAUCAUCGACACCAAGAAGUCCGCCGUGCACCGCAAGCACGAGACGUCCCGCAAAGAGGACGAGGACGAGUCCCGCUUACCUGCGCUGGAGGCCGCCUACACCAACAUCCUGCGGCACCUCGGAGAGGACACGCACCGCGAGGGGCUGUUGCGCACGCCGUUGCGCGCCGCCAAGGCCAUACAGUUCCUCACCAAGGGCUACCAUGAGACCAUAGAAGACAUCUUAAACAACGCCAUAUUUGAUGAAGACCACGACGAGAUGGUGAUCGUAAAGGACAUAGACAUGUUCUCUCUAUGUGAACAUCACUUGGUGCCAUUUUUUGGAAAGGUUCACAUCGGCUAUAUUCCUAAUAAAAAAGUGGUGGGACUGAGCAAGCUGGCAAGGAUUGUGGAGAUCUACAGCCGGAGGCUUCAAGUUCAAGAGCGUCUGACCAAGCAGAUUGCUGUGGGAAUACAUGAAGCUCUGCAGCCAAAAGGUGUAGCUGUGGUCAUUGAAGCAGCGCACAUGUGCAUGGUGAUGCGUGGGGUCCAGAAGAUGAACAGCCGCACAGUGACCAGCGCCAUGCUGGGAGUUUACCUCGAAGACCCCAAAACCCGGGAGGAGUUCCUGACUCUGUCCCAGCGCGCCUAA